AAAAUUUGAAAGGUUUCGAGUCAGGUUAAUAAGAAAUAUAAACAGCAAAAUGAUUAAGUCUGCCGUGCUUAUCUUUUGCAUUUUAUCAGUCGCCCACGCUGCGGAAUGGUGCCUAAAACCAGACCCGAUAAGCGCAUCUGUGGCCGAGACGCCUGCAGAAAAAUUAGCUCCGGAUACUCCAAAAUGUUCUCUAGAGUCCCCAGAAUUGGUUAUGGGACGACUUGUUAAUGGGACUGCGGACAGGGAUGCAGACUUGUUGCCGUCUUGGGUCGAUCUCAAGUUGGCUGCCCGGGGGCAAAAGUGGGCUUUAGAUAAUAUCCCACUGAUUUCGGGAAGUCAUAUUUUUGGGCUCAUGUUCGUCCUCGCAUUUCCAGACAAUAAUGCCGUCCUGCUCUUUACGAACCAGUCGGAUACGGCGAAUCUUGCUAUGAAGCGAUAUGCAUCCACAAUUGAGCAAGUGAACACGUGGUACAACGGGUCCCUAAAAGAGUCGACGGACGACAAUGACAUUUUGUCCAGCUUGCUGCGAGUCCGAGGUCUUCACACGGCCGCCAUGAAGGCCGGAAAUGAGCGAAUGCAUGGCGAAAAUCCGAGACCAUUGAUCAACAAGGAACUUUAUGAACGUGUCCAGCUAGAUGAAGGAAUGUGGAAGGCGUUCGAGACAGACUUGAAAAAUUCUGAUGUUACCGAAAAAUUUCGAAAAGUUCCGGAAAAAUAUACCGGAAGAGAUGGAAAGUAUUAUGCUGUCAGUCAAUUUCAACAAGCAAUGACACAAUUCGCCUUUGUCGGCUUUCCUGUCCUCUUCCCGGAAAGAUUGUUCUUGUUAGAUGCGAAGGAUGAGGAUUUGGUGGCUUACAACCACUUGUGGGCCGUGUUGGGGCACGCUCUGGGCAUCGAGGACGAGUACAACAUCGCACUCCAGCCCGAUUUAAAGACGACGAAGGAGUAUUACCAACAUAUUUAUGAAAAUUGGUACCUUCCCCAAUUCUUUAAUCUGGACUUCCACACGAAAGUUUUAAUGGAGGCGCAACUACAGGGUUUCGAAAAAAUUGACGACAUUCUGACCCCGAGAACCCUGCUGUUACGUAUCCUACGCGAUAUCGUCAAAAUUCCCGUGCCCAAUAUGACGCGAGAACUCACACCGAAAGAUCACCACAAAAUGUUGCAAUUCCACGCUAAAGGUCUUCAAGGAUUUGUAAAGAAGAUUAAGGGUGACUUUAGGGAGAAUUUGAAAUCCAAAAUUCAAGGCUUCUUAAGCCGAUUACCUUGAAAUAGAAGCAUUUUUUUAGAGAAUUUCUCUAAAAUGUGGAGCUUUUUAUCCUUCAGUUUGAUGUUAAUAUGUAUUUGACUUUAAACAAAUAUUUCUGAUCUGAAUAAAAUAAUUGAUUAUACUUUAA